GCUUUGUUGUGCAAUGCACCCAGCCCUGGUGGAGCCUGGCCUUGGAGGAAUGGCUGGGCGCUCAGUCAGGGACGUGACCAGAGUGGACGAAUCAUGCUAAUUGUCUGGGAGAGAAACGGCGUGUUAAACCCAAGAUGAAGGCAGAGAGGAACGCUCUCUCAAAAGCAAUAACCACUCCUCAACUUUUGCUGUUCGGGUAUAUCCUUGUUUCAUCCCAGUCAGGAAGUAUCCAGGGGGUCAACAUCACCAGCCCUGGCUCCCUGAUCCGGGGCACAUUGGGUGGGGAGGCGCUCCUUUCUGUCCGCUACAGCAGCUCCAGUCCCGACGCACCCGUCAUCAAGUGGCAGCUGAAGAGGGAAGACAAGCCUGUCACAGUGGUCCAGUCCAUCGGCACAGAGAUUAUUGGAAACCUGAGGCCUGAGUACCGGGACCGCAUCUUGGUGUUUGAGAACGGUACCCUUCUACUCCACAAUCUGAAGCUGUCUGAUGAGGGCACCUAUGAAGUGGAGAUCUCUAUCACAGAUGACACGUUCACCGGAGAGGGGAGUAUCGAACUAACUGUGGAUGAACCUAUAUCCAAGCCUUACAUUCACAUGGAGGCCUCCUCAGUACUGGAGCUCAGUGAUCACUUCACCCUGAACUGCUCCCAUGAGAAUGGAACCAAUGCCAAGUAUAGCUGGCAGAAAGGUGGGAAACCGCUGACCAAUGACACGCGUCUGCAGCUGUCACCUGACCAGAAGCUCUUGACCAUCGUGCGGGUGCUGAUGGUGGAUGACGACAUCUACAGCUGCGCGGUGGAGAACCCUAUUGGCAGCAUGAAGAGCCUGCCUAUCAAACUCACUGUCUACAGGAGGAGUUCCCUCUACAUCAUUUUAUCCACUGGGGGUAUUUUCCUACUCAUCACCUUGGUUACGGUGUGUGCCUGCUGGGGGCCGUCCAAGAAAGAACGUCAAAAACGUCAAAUGAAACCCAGAGGUUUAGCAGGGCUGCCAAGGCAUUUAAUAGACCAGCCUGAUUAUUCCCCAAUAUAUCAUGCAGUUGAUGCAUCAAAAAUGAUGACUGAACAUGAAUGCAAGAAUCCAGUGGCACUCUACAUCCUCAAAGAGGAUUCUCCUCAGGGCGACCGUGACUCACUUGGCAACAUAAGCCUGAGCACCCACUCUGAACCACCAAACAGCCCUCCCAGCUACAGCAGCUCCCUGCCCCCCUCCUCACGCUCCCCUGACCCUCCUGCCCGCUCUUCUCGCAUAUACCCCCGCACCCCUGUCAGCUCCCCUCCUUCGCAUCACAACAACAAGGUGCCGAGCAAGUCCUCCACCCCCUCCCCGCCCCGCACUCGAAUCUCUGGGCGCAUGUUCCGCGCCCCAGUGGGCAUACCGCCAGCCCGUCAGUUGGAAUCCGCCCCCACGCUGGAGAGCAACGGCACCACUCAUGCCUGAUUGUCUGUCUCCAAGGCCUGUAGGCAUGAAGUGUAUGUAGGCUUCAACACCAUGAUUAGUUGAAGCAGGAACAUAUUCAUUAGACAUCAAAGGGAACAAUGUCUCUGAAUGUUCACAUACUGACUGUAUGUAAAAGCAUUUUAAUUACAUGAUAGUACAGUAAUAUUUGUCACAGAACUCAACACUGUACUCAUUCUAUCUUCAGUGGGUUUACACCGUUGACAUUAAUAACUGUAUGCCUCAGUUUUAGGGUUUGUUCUGAACGUUAGUUUUUUUUUUUUUAUGUUCCAUUCUAUUAGGUCCCAUUUUUAAGACCUGUUCAUAUGUAAAAUAUAUGAAACCUCUCUUCAAAAUAAAACUGGAUUGUUAAAUGUUGAUAUAUUUUGUAUUGUGUGGGUGUAAUUUAACUAAUACUUUUAAGUGCUCUUUGGUAUUACAGCUAAAUAAUUAAAAUACUGUUUUUCCUAUGUAAAGAGUCAGUGGAUAUUUAGGAAAUAUCUAAGAAUGUUUAUAAAUCUGUGAUGGUCCGUGAUGGUUUUGGUAUAUGGUGAUCUUUCUUAAAAUAUAUUUUCUCUUAAAUGUUUAUCACAUGUAGUGAGUAAAUUGAUAUUUCUGGGUACAAUUAUUGAGAACUUGUUGAAAUAUUGAAAUAUUAGAAGAAUUUCUAUAGAUGUAUUGUACAUAUCAGUAGAGAUGUUUAAUAAAGUUAUGAAGAAAUAA